UCCUCUUUUAUUGCCGAGUCCAAUUGCAUCAUUUACUAUGACUUAACUCCCUCUCUUUCUCUUUCUCUCUCUUUCCCUCUAGUCCUCCAUCUGUCUCUCUCUCUCCUAUUCCAUUGAAAUUGAUGGCCAGAGGGGGUGGACUCUCCAUUGAUUCAGAUCCAAUAAAGAGCUUCUUCCACCACAAGCCAAUAGUUCUCAACUCUUUUCCUGAAGACAACAACAACAAUAACACCAACCAACACAAGUGGAAACUUAGUCCUAACAUGGAUACCACAGUUAGAACCACAUCCACUCCUAGCAGUAAUUCCACCAUCCCCUUUCAAGUCAACCAUCCCUCUCCUCCACCCUCUGAUGAUGAUGAUAAGAGACCCCUCUUAGAUGUCAUGGACUUCUUCUCUGACAAGAACAACAAAGAUGACAACCUUGCCUCUGCCUCUACCUCUGCACCUCCCCAACACCACUCACAUGAUCAUUCCUCCACUCCUCCUGAUAUCUUAGAAUUGAAAGUAAACACUGGUCUGAAUCUUCUUACCACCAAUACUAGCAGUGAGCAAUCCAUGGUGGAUGAUGAGAUAUCACCUAAUUCAGAAGACAAAAGAGCUAAGAGUGAGCUGGUUGUUCUUCAAGCUGAACUUGAGCGGGUGAAGGUUGAGAAUCAUCGGCUGAGGAACAUGCUUGAUCAGGUUAAUAGCAAUUACAAUGCCUUGCAUAGGCAUUUGGUGAAUUUGAUGCAGGACCAGAAGGUUGAGGAGGGUGAAGAACAACAGCAAGUGUUUGAUGUAAAAGUAGAAGAGGAGAAACAAACUGGGAAUGGUGGAGCUUUGGUUCCAAGGCAGUUUAUGGAUCUUGGAUUGGCUACUAAUGCUGACACUGAUGAACCUUCGCUUUCUUCAUCAGUUGGAAGAAGUAGGGAUCGGUCUAAGUCACCUACAAAUAACAUAGAGGAAGGUUCAAAGGAAAUUGGCACAAGAAAGAAUGGGAAUGCUAGUGAUGAAUUAGUUGUGUUUGAUCAAAACAAGAAGGAGUUUGGUAGGGGAGUUGAAAGAGAGGAUAGUCCCCCAGCAGAUCAAGGUUUAGCUGCUAAUAAUGUUCCAAAAUUUAGUCCUCCUAGAAAUGUUGAUCAAGCUGAAGCCACCAUGAGGAAGGCAAGAGUUUCGGUUAGAGCUAGAUCAGAGGCACCCCUGAUCACUGAUGGGUGUCAAUGGAGAAAGUAUGGGCAGAAAAUGGCCAAAGGAAACCCAUGUCCUCGAGCAUAUUACAGAUGCACCAUGGCCACCGGUUGCCCAGUGAGAAAACAAGUACAAAGGUGUGCUGAAGACCGAACAAUACUUAUCACAACAUAUGAAGGAAAUCACAAUCAUCCUUUGCCUCCAGCGGCUAUGGCAAUGUCACAAACCACUUCCUCAGCUGCAAGAAUGUUGCUUUCAGGAUCAAUGUCAAGCACUGAUGGCCUAAUGAAUGCAAACUUCUUGGCAAGGACACUCCUUCCUUGUUCUUCAAGCAUGGCAACUAUCUCAGCAUCAGCUCCAUUCCCAACAGUUACAUUGGACUUGACUCAAUCUCCAAACCCAUUACAGUUCCAAAAGCCUCCAAGCCAAUUCCAAAUCCCCUUCCCAGGUGUCCCUCAGAAUUUUGACAAUUCCACAGCCUCAUUACUGCCUCAGAUAUUUGGUCAAGCACUGUACAAUCAGUCAAAGUUUUCAGGGCUUCAAAUGUCUCAAGAUGCAGAACCUUCUUCCCAAUUGGGUAAUCAAUCUCAACAGCCACCAUUACACCUUGCUGACACAGUUAGUGCUGCCACUGCUGCCAUUGCAGCUGACCCCAACUUCACUGCAGCUUUAGCAGCAGCUAUCACUUCCAUUAUUGGAGGUUCACAGCCAAACAACAAUAACAGUACCAAUAAUAAUGGCAACACUACAACCAACAACAGCAAUGGCAAUGUUACAUCAAGCAACAACAAUAGCAAUGGAAGCAAUAAAAUCAACAAUUCGAAUUUCUCAGGGAACUAGCUAGUUCACAUAUUAUUACCUUUCAAUUUUUUUUUUUUUAAUUAAUUUUUUCCCCUUCUAUUGGGCUCAAAAAAUAAGUUGAGCUGAUUACUUUUUUUUUUUUUUUUUCAAUUUGUUCGACUCAGGAAAUAUUUUUAUCAGCAUAUAGUUGAUAUUCUUUGUUAUGUCUCA